CUACUGGCGACGGAAGACGGCCCGCCCUCCCAUCUCAGAUCCGUUUUUAUUUUUAACAGAAAGUUGUAUGAUCUGUAUAUAUAUAUAUAUAUAUAUUUUUUUUUGUAGUUCAGUUUUUGGGUAAAACUGUUACCAUCCCGAAUAGUAAAAUGUGCAAACGUCAAUAUAACGUUACCAUACAGGUCUGUGUGUAACACGAUCUAGCCAGCCAACUUUGUGUUUCCAGACUGACACAGGAUCCUAUGGAAGAGAUGUCAGGAGUAAGUGCGGUGAGCUCGGCGUUGCCUGCGGCUACAACCCGUACCACCUCAUUCAAGGGCUCCUGCCCCAGCUCGAAGUAUGUGAAGCUGAACGUGGGCGGGGCGCUCUACUACACCACCAUGCAGACCCUCACCAAGCAGGACACCAUGCUCAAGGCCAUGUUCAGCGGUAGGAUGGAGGUCCUCACAGACAGCGAAGGCUGGAUCCUUAUUGACAGGUGUGGGAAGCACUUUGGGACCAUUCUGAACUACCUGCGUGACGGUGCUGUACCUCUGCCUGAGAUCCGGAGAGAGGUGGAAGAGCUCCUGGCAGAGGCCAAGUAUUACCUGGUGCAGGGGUUAGCUGACGAGUGUCAUGCUGCCUUACAGAACAAAGAUAUGUAUGAGCCCUUCUGUAAAGUGCCCUUGGUCACUUCAUCAAAGGAAGAACAGAGACUCAUAUCUACCUCCAACAAGCCCACAGUCAAGCUGUUAUACAACAGGAGCAACAACAAGUACUCUUACACCAGCAACUCUGAUGACAACAUGCUGAAAAACAUAGAGCUGUUUGACAAGCUCUCUCUGCGGUUUAACGGCCGUGUGCUCUUCAUCAAGGACGUGAUCGGGGAUGAGAUCUGCUGCUGGUCAUUCUAUGGGCAGGGCCGUAAGAUCGCUGAGGUGUGCUGUACCUCCAUAGUAUACGCCACAGAGAAGAAGCAAACAAAGGUGGAGUUCCCAGAGGCUCGUAUCUAUGAGGAGACACUUAACAUCCUGCUGUAUGAGUCUCAGGAUGGGCGUGGUCCAGACAACGCUCUACUGGAGGCUACAGGGGGCGCUGCAGGCCGAUCCCAUCACCUGGAUGAGGACGAGGAACGGGAACUCAUCGAGAGGGUGCGACGCAUUCACAUCAAACGCCCUGAUGACCGCACCCACCACCACCAGUAACUAUACCAGCCAACCAACAUUAUCACCACCAGUAACUAUACCUGACAACCAAUUAUACCAGCCAACCAACAUUAUCACCACCAGUAACUAUACCAGACAACCAACUAUACCAGCCAACCAGCAUUAUCACCACCAGUAACUAUACCAGACAACCAACUAUACCAGCCAACCAACAUUAUCACCACCAGUAACUAUACCAGACAACCAACUAUACCAGCCAACCAACAUUAUCACCACCAGUAACUAUACCAGACAACCAACUAUACCAGCCAACCAACAUUAUCACCACCAGUAACUAUACCAGACAACCAGCAUUAUCACCACCAGUAACUAUACCAGUGUUGGGUUUCGUUUCUUACGUCUUUCCUUGUCAAUCAUUGGUUCAUUGGUGAAAUUAGCAUUAUGAUAAUAUUUUCAAUUAAAUCAUUCAAAAACCUUUAUUAAUGCAAUUGCAGACAGAAGUUGACAAACGGGAACAUAGCACGCAUGUUUCUGAGUAAGUUCUGCAUCAAACAAAAGGUCUCAAGUUGUUUUAUUAAAUUGAAGUCCCGCCUUAGUGAUGUCACUGACUACGUCAUUACCUUUUUACUCCUGAGACCAAAACCCUGUAUAAACAAUGGCUUUGUGGUAUCUUAAACUUAGCAGUAAACGUCCACUCCCCAAAGCUGAUUUAUUGUGGAAUGUUUAACUAGUCUCUUAUCUCCCACACUCCACUGCAGAGUUCUGUCUCAGUCACACACAGACAGACAAAGAAAACAACCGUGGAACAAUUCUAAACUAUAUAAUGAAUAUAUAUAUAUUGUUAAUCUAUAGUCUAGGACCCUAUAAAUGUAAAGAGGGAGGGGUCUUAUAACCCCUCCCCUUCUAUUAAUAUAACAUAAGCAUAAACAAUUAUUCUAAUACAUCAAACAUGUGUACAGCCCCAAAUCAUGACCGCUAGGUGAAUCCUGACACCAACCAACUAAUAUUAUUACCACCAGUAACUAUACCAGCCAACCAACAUUAUCACCACCAGUAAGCCAACCAACAUUAUCAGCACCAGUAACUAUACCAGCCAACCAACAUUAUCACCACCAGUAAGCCAUCCAACAUUAUCACCACCAGUAACUAUAUACCAGCCAACCAACAUUGUCAGUAUCCGCAGUGACUAUUACCCAUCACUGACAGAGAACAAGUGCAAUCACACAAUACCCACAAGUAACCUCACAUCCUUGACAUUGACCACAAGUGACCUCUGUGCUUCUGCAUCACAGCCACUUAUAAACUUUUGCCAGUCUCUAAUCAUGAUUAUAAACUGGGUGGUUUGAGCCCUGAAUGCUGAUUGGCUGACAGCCAUGGUAUAUCAGACCGUAUACCACGAGUAUGACAAAACAUUUAUUUUUACUA